UCCGGUUCCGGUAGCGAUGUUUAUUUACUGAACAUGGCGGUUAGCGAAUUAAGUUUAGAGUCUGUUUUAAACUUUAUGAUAGAAACUGGUGGGAAAUGCACUAACAAAGAACUUGUAACUGGUUUUAAACAGUUUCUCGAAGAUCCAACUAAUAAAGUAAAAAACCGUGAAAAAUUCAAGGAAUUUGUAAAUACUCUAUCACAUGUGAAAGAUGAUAAGAGUGGUAAUAAGUACCUUGUUCUUAAAAAGCAAUACCGUUCAAACAAACUUCUUGGAAAUAAGAUCUCUCAUUUUGAACCACAAUCCCCUCCAGCAACACAUGCAUCUGCACCAACAUCACAUGAAGGCGAAAAGACUGACAAUGCUGUCCGACAGAGCAAGCGAGCCAAAUCAGAGCCACCUAACAUGCAGCUGUCAGCUGGUAUUCAAAUAAACAUCCAAGAACCACAAUCAGAAACCGAUGAAACCAUUUCCAAGAGCCAAAGUGAAAAUAAUUUACAAAACAGUAAAUCUCCAAAUCUCGGACAAAGCAGCAACACUGCCUCUACAUCAUCAGUUGCCUCAACAGCAUCUGAAAAAGACACAUCUGACGGUGCUCCAUCUGGUAUCAGAAGCGUUAAGGACCAAGCCAAACAUCUGAACAAACUACAAUCAGAAAGUGACCUGCAGAAACUAACUAGCCGAAAGCAUGACAAAUCAAAAUCUGACAAACAUUCUUUAAAGAUUCUAAAGAAUAAAGAUGGUGCUGAUGAUGAUGAUGCAAAUUCCGCUGGUGGAUUUGUCACACUCUCUGAUGAGCAAAAAGUUUGGAUGAAGCAGUCAGCUAAUUGUGAUUAUCAAGAACUAAGUAAACUUCUAUCAAAAAAUCCGUCCCUUGCUAAAGAGAGGAGUUUUAUUAAUGGUUAUACUGCACUUCAUUGGGCAGCAAAACAUGGCAAACCAGAUGUUGUUAAAUUAUUGUGUGGAAAGCCUGGUGUUAACGUGGACCAAAAAACAUUUGCCGGCUUCACUCCUCUUCAUCUUGCGUCAAUACAAUGUCAUGAUGAUGUCAUUGAACUGCUAAUUCAAACAUACAAAGCCAACCCAAACAUCAGGGACCACAGUGGUAAGAAACCAAAGCAAUAUUUGAGCAGUUCUGCAUCCGCCAGGUGUCAACAACUUUUACAAACUCGAUCGGUGAAGACAUUUGAUGAAAACUUUGAACGAACUGAAGCCAUACGCAAAAGUAAACGAGUUGCUGUUGUAGGCAGCUUGAUCAACUCUUCAAACAGUAUGAAAGCUCAACCAAUUAUGAGAUCAAGUUGGGGAGGUUCCUGUGAGGAUCUUUACCUUCUUAGUGGCAACCUAUCAUCUCAUUCCACAAGUCCAAGCAGCAGCCAAGAAGGUUCUCCAACCUCAGGCAGAAAAAAUCUGGGAGCAUCCAGUCUGAUGCCACCUCCAAUAGCACCUGUUCGCAAGAAGAAACAACGGUCUAAGACAAUGUAUUCCAGUAAAGAAAACUUGGAUAUGGACUUUGCGAACAUACGUUUACAACGGAAGGGCUCCAAUGCAUCACUGAACUCAUCUUCAUUUGUAUAAUAACAUGACUUUAGCCAUAAAUGUGACCAACCAUGAAAAGCCUGAAUCCACAAGAUGGGAGUGAUAUUUGGAAAGAAACACCAGCUUCAGGGUGGUCAAUUAAAAACUGCUGCUGAUUUAUAUGAUCAUUUAUCAUCUAUUCAUUUAUUCCAAUCACUAAUAAAACAGUGAAAUAACAACUUUAUACCUGGCAAUCUCUAGAA